GUUAUCGGCCCCUUCAUGAGGUUCAGCUGCAUCAUCGGGCCCAACGGAUCAGGAAAAUCUAACAUAAUGGAUGCUGUUAGUUUUGUGAUGUGUGAAAAGACAUCUAAUUUGCGAGUUAAAAGUGUUAAAGAACUGAUUCAUGGAGCACAUGUUGGAAAACCAGUUUCUUCUACAGCUAGUGUGAAGAUAGUAUAUUGUGAAGAAGAUGGGGAAGAAAAAACAUUUUCAAGAGUUAUCCGUGGUAAUUGUUCUGAAUUUUUUUUCAAUGAUAAAUCUGUCAGCCGAUCUGCUUAUAUAUCUGAGCUUGAAAAAAUAGGCGUACUUGUCAAAGCUAGGAAUUUUCUUAUUUUUCAGGGAACAGUAGAAUCCAUUGCAAUGAAGAAGCCAAAGGAGAUAACUCAACUUUUUGAACAAAUCAGUAAUUCAUGGGAAUAUGCUGAAGAGUAUGAACGAAAAAAGAAAAAAAUGCAGCAAGCAGAAGAGGAUACACAGUUUAAUUAUAACAAGAAAAAAAGUGUUGCAGCAGAACGCAGACAAGCAAAAAUAGAGAAAGAGGAGGCAGAGCGUUACCAGAUGCUUCUCAAGGAACUGGAUGAAGAAAGGAUACAGCUGCAGCUUUUCCGGCUUUAUCACAAUGAAAAACACAUUGACUUUCAGAAAAAAAGUUUGGAUGAAAAGAAUAUGGAGACAAGUAUGAAGAAAGAGUCUCUUUCUAAAGCAGAAGAUGUGUUUAUAGCCAAGAAAAAAGUGCUUGGUGUACUCAACAGAGACCAACAACAUAUGGAAAGAGAAAUGAAGACUCUGGAAGCAUCACUGAUUCAGCAGAAAGCCCUCUAUAUAAAAGCAAAAGAAAACACUUCCUACCAAAUCAAGAAAGUAGAAAUGUCUAAAAAAUCGCUAAGGGACAAGGAGAAAUCCUGUGAUAAGGAAAAGCAGAACAUAAAAGAGCUAGAGGUAGAAUUGAAUGAUAUUGAGAAGGCUUGGAGGGCGUUUGAGAAGAAAUUUGAAGAGGAGAUGUUGCGGAAAGCAGCAUUUGUUGAGCUGGAAGAAAGUCAGUUGGAGCGCUAUAAAGAGCUAAAGGAAAUAGCAAGAAAGAAAGUAGCUACGCAAACGCAGCAGCUAGAAAAACUCCGUUGGGAGGAAAAAGCAGAUCAAGAAAGGCUGAAACUUAAUCGGACAAAGAAAAAAGAAGUGGAGGAAAACAUAAAACACACUGUGGAACAGAUAGACGAGCGUAAAAAACGAAUAGAGAAGUUGGAAGAAUAUGUCAAGAUAUGCACUCAAUCAUUAACAGAGAAGAAACAGCAAGAGGAAGCGCUGACUACGGAAAUUGAAAAUUCAACAACACGAAUGGCUGAAGUGAAUGAAGAAUUGAACAAAAUAGUUGGUGAACUGCAGAACGCCAAAAUUGAUUGCCAUGAAGGAAGGCGUCAGCAAAUGAGAGCAGAGAUCCUAGAAACUCUCAAAACACUGUAUCCAAAUUCUGUGUUUGGAAGACUGCUCGACCUGUGUCAUCCUAUUCAUAAAAAAUACCAGCUUGCUGUUACCAAGGUAUUCAGCAGAUACAUGACUGCUAUUGUUGUUGCCACUGAAAAAACAGCAAGAGAUUGCAUUUCGUUCUUAAAACAAGAACGAGCUGAACCUGAAACUUUUCUUGCUUUGGAUUACCUUGAUGUUAAACCAAUCAACGAAAAGUUAAGAGAGAUAAAAGGAGUGAAAAUGAUGGUGGAUGUUGUACAAACUCCAUUUGCUCCAGUGAAAAAAGUGAUUCAGUUUGUGAGUGGGAAUAGCUUGGUCUGCGAAACAGUUAAAGAAGCAAAACAAAUAGCAUUUGAUGGACCAGUGAGGUUGAAAACAGUGGCUCUUGAUGGAACUUUAUUUUUGAAAUCUGGAGUAAUUUCUGGAGGAUCAAGUGAUUUAAGAUUUAAAGCUAGAUGUUGGGAUGAUAAAGAAAUUAAUAAAAUGAAAGAAAGAAGAGAUAGCUUGAUUCAUGAGUUAAAGGACUUAAUGAAGGUCAGACGUAAGGAGACUGACUUGAAGCAGUUGCAUGCUCAAUGCCACGGAAUUCAGACACGACUUAAAUAUUCACAGAGUGAAUUAGAGCUUAUUAAAAAGAAACAUCUUGCUAAUCUCUACACGGAAAAAUCAAAACUGGAAAGUGAACUGGUAAAUAUUGAGUCUCAGUAUGAUAUGCUGAAUGAAGGAGUAGCACAAAGAAAAGAAAAAAUAGAAGAGUUUCAGAAAAAAAUUAAUGAGGCUGAAGAUGCUGUUUUCCGGGAAUUCUGUGAAGAAAUCGGUGUAGAAAAUAUUCGUGUGUAUGAACAAGAACAUGUUGACAACAAGAGGAGACAAGAGGAGAUUGAUAAAAAAAGACUGGAAUUUGAAAAUCAGAAGACACGACUGAACGUUCAGCUGGAAUAUAAUCGUGAUCAUCUACAAAAAUUAACAAAUGCAGUCAGCAAGUUAAGGGAGACAAUUCGUAAAGAUGAAGAUGAGAUUACCAGGCUACAGAAGGAUGAGGAAAAGCUUCUAAAAAAAGUGAAUGAAAUUGUGGAGGAGCAACAGCAUCUUAAGGAUGGAUUAAGUGCUCAUAAAUCUGAGGUUAUAAAAUCCCAAAAUGAAGUUGAAGAGUUCAGAAAGACGUUGUUAACUCUUAAUAGUAUGUGGUUCCGGAAGGAAGCUACAGCUAUAGAAACCUCUCUGGAAGAGAAAAGAUUAAGACGACAUAAUAUGCUGCUUGAAUGCAAGGUGCAGGACUUGAAAAUAAAGCUCCUGUCUGGAUCACUGGAUGACAUCAGUGAAGUAGAGCUAGGAGCUGAAACAGAAGGCACUCAGAUUACAUCAACUAUCUAUGAAAGGGAAGAGGCAAUUGAGAUAGACUACAGCAGCCUAGCAGAAGACGUGAAGGACCUAGAGUCUGAUAAAGAUAUAGAGGAUCAUCUGAACCAGAUGCAGCAGGAAAUAAAAUCUAAAGAGAAUACUUUAAUGAGGACAGCUGCUCCAAACCUGAGAGCAGUAGAGAAAUUACAGAUAGCUCGGGACAAGUUCCAAGAAUCAAUAGAUGCUUUUGAGACCAGCAGAAAGGAGGCCAGAACAUGCAAACAAGAAUUUGAACAGGUGAAAAAAAGGAGAUACGAGCUUUUUAGCCGGUGCUUUGAGCAUGCCUCCAUAGCUGUUGAUCAGAUCUACAAGAAGCUUUGCAGAAACAGCAGUGCUCAGGCAUUCCUGAGUCCUGAAAAUCCUGAGGAGCCUUAUCUGGAAGGCAUUGGCUUUAACUGCCUGGCUCCAGGGAAACGCUUUAUGCCAAUGGACAGUUUGUCAGGAGGUGAAAAAGCUGUGGCAGCUCUGGCUCUUGUGUUUGCUAUACACAGUUUUCGGCCAGCACCAUUUUUUGUUUUAGAUGAGAUAGAUGCUGCCCUGGAUAACACAAACAUCGAUAAAGUAUCAAGUUUCAUUAGAGAACAGGCUCAUGAACAGUUUCAAAUGAUAGUUAUUUCUCUAAAGGAAGAGUUUUAUUCCAAAGCAGACGCAUUGAUCGGAGUGUGUCCAGAGUGUGAUGACAUCAUGUUCAGUCGAGUACUGACUUUGGAUCUUACCGAGUACCCAGACGCUGAUGAGCAGCACAAACGCAGUUCUGUUUCAGAAUGAAGCAUGGAUGAUUUCAGGUGACAACAGGGAUAACUGUUUGCAGCCGACUGUUACAAAUCUGAGUUUGAGUGUGG